UCUAUCAAUCCAGUCACUCAAAGCUCCACAAUGCAGAGUCUAUUUUCCCGUGCAAAGCGUCAAACCAGCUCCGGUCUUACUGGCGAUUUGAACACAUUCAGAACGACAGAUCGAGCCUACCUCAACUUCAUCCAGAGCCUCAUAUCGGCUCUAACCGAAUCGGGCGAGGUCUACGGCAAUAUCCGUGUCACCAAGCGCAAAGAUGGCAUCACCAAGGUCACCCUCAAGGACAGUGCCACCAACACCCAGGUUGGGUUCAUCUACCGCAACCGGGACCUUUACAUUGUGGGACUCGUCGUCGGCAACACGUUCUACAUCGACAGAGAGGUCUACGAUGGGCUUAGCAAGAAAAUUCCGAACAGCUGGAAGACUGUGAUCAACGCCUCACUGACUGUCGCUCUGUCCAACCCGUUCAGCUACAACCAAAUUCUACCAAGCGGUGAAAGCACUUCGCUUCAAAUAGGAAAACUGGGCGACUCGCUACGUCAGCUUACCCAAAUCGGUGACACAUCAAAGCGGUCGCAGAUCAUGACACAGCACUUGGGCCCGUUCGUGGUCGCGUUCUCCGAAGCCAUCCGUUUCCCUGUGGUGGCUCGCUCGGUGCAAAACGCCAUCCGGAAAAACACCGGCACCGUCAGUUUGUCCACCAACCUGGUUCAGCCUUUGAGCCUUGGUCAUCCAUCGGAGCGGACUCCGAAACACGUGUUUACCAUGUACUCGCUGCUGCUGAACUGGAGCAAGCUCUCCGAUCGGGUGCCGGCCUUCUACGGUAAUCCCCCGAAGCAGAUGCCCCCUCUGGUGGAGGGCCGUUACACCGUCAACUUGGAAAAGAAUCAGCUGAACACCCUGCUGGGGGUUGCGAACUCGUACCGCUUCCAAAAAUUCACCCCCGCGCCGGUUAACAAUCGCGGCAAGCGGGAUCUGCAGUCGUUGUUCGAUAGUUCAACCCGUCCGAAUCCGGCCCAGUUGGAGCAGCACAUCAACUACGUCGAUUUCGAGGGUAAUGUGCAGGGGGCGAAUCCACCCCCGCCGAUGGCCAUGGUCUCAAUCAUGCAUAAUGUGGAUGUGGUUGGAGCACUGCAUCUGUUCACCGUUGGAUUGAUGUACCUCUACCGUAGGAAGAUGAACGUUCCUCUGGAGGUUAACAGCUAUCAAGAUCCAAGGGAAGCGUUAGCCGUUGCUGUGGAUAUGUCCGAUCGUAUCCAAUGCUUCCUACAAAGCACUGUCAAUGAUAUAGAGGUUGGAUUUGAAGAUCAAGCAGAAUUGCAGCGUCAAAUCGCUCAGGCUCUAACUCGCGGAGAUGACUUGGAGACAGUUUUGACCAAGUUUCUGGAGCGACACUAUUCUGACGUGGAAGACUUGGACGCCUUACGGGAACAGCUCUCUCGCGCCCUGGCUGCGGAAAGUGGACUGGUGCAAGGUGUUACAUUUAACGGAAAGGAAUGUUUUGUAUGAAAAGGAAAAAAAGGUGGAUAAAAUGUAAUUUUGGUUUUAUAUUCAAUAGUGGAUAUAGUUUGGUUGAACAUUUAAAAGCUAGUCACAAAUGUGGUUUUCUGAGUUAUAGUUCAAUAUAUGUUCUUUGUUUCAUGGGGAAAAA